AUGGCAAUGCCCCAGAAUUCAACUGGAGAAAAUGGCUUUUGUUUCGCUCAGACGCUCGACUUCUCCCGCCCGUCUCCACAUGCCAGUGAGGCUGGCCGGCCCUUUGGCACCCCAAAUGGGCAGGAUGCGUGUGGUACCCCGCUGAGCAACGGUACCACAUCCUCUGGCGUGCCCAGCCCCUCUGACUCAUGUGCCGAACCCCUCUGCUCCACCACCACCCCGGGAGAGGAGGAAACCCAAUUCUGCGAAGGGAUUAAAUACGUGUCGUCCGAAGGGGAGGAACUGGCCUGCGGCUGGGGGGGGUUCACCCCUGGGUGCUUACAGCUCUUCAACACGUCCAAGGGUGUCUUGUUCUUCCUCUGCGUGGCCUCCUUCCUGCAAGGCAUGACGGUGAAUGGCUUCAUCAACACCGUCAUCACCUCCAUCGAGCGACGCUUCGACCUCCGCAGCUACCAGAGCGGCCUGAUCGCCAGCUCCUACGACAUUGCGGCCUGUGUCUGCUUGACCUUCGUCAGCUAUUUUGGGGGGAACGGCCACAAACCGCGAUGGCUGGGUUGGGGUGUGCUGGUGAUGGGCUUGGGCUCCCUGCUCUUCGCCUUGCCCCACUUCACCACAGGACAGUAUGAGGCGCAUUCAGCAGCGGAGGUGGGGAUCUGCGGGGGGAACCAGAGUCUGCCCUGUGCCCAGGCGGCCUCCAGCCUCUCCAGCUACAGAUUCGUCUUCAUGCUGGGGCAGUUCCUGCACGGGAUGGGAGCCACGCCGCUCUACACGCUCGGCGUCACCUAUUUAGAUGAAAACGUCAAGACCAACUACUCUCCUGUGUACAUUGCUGUUUUCUACACUGCUGCAAUCCUUGGGCCUGCAGCGGGUUAUCUGGUAGGAGGAAUGUUUCUAAAUAUUUAUACUGAAAUUGGCAGAGAGAUUGACAUCGCCCCGGAGAACACACUGUGGGUGGGGGCAUGGUGGAUCGGCUUCCUUGGGGCUGGAGCAGCCUCCCUCCUCAUCUCCAUCCCCAUCCUGGGGUACCCCCAGCGCCUCCCAGGGUCCCAGCGGUACAUUGUCAUGAGGGUGUCAGAGGCUCAUCAGCUGAAAGAUGGGAGCCACAAAAAAGCAUCGGAUCCGGACUUUGGGAAAACUGUUAAAGAUCUGCCUCGGUCAGUACUGCUGCUUCUGAAGAACCCCACCUUCAUCUUCCUCUGCUUAGCAGGAGCGACCGAAGCCACCCUCAUUGCUGGGAUGUCCACAUUUGGACCCAAGUUCCUGGAGUCUCAGUUUAGUUUAAGUGCCUCUGAAGCUGCUACCUUUUUUGGUUACCUGGUCGUGCCUGCUGGAGGGGGAGGCACGUUCCUGGGAGGAUUCCUUGUGAAUAAAUUUAAACUCCGCUGUUCAGGAAUCAUCAAGUUGUGUUUACUUUGCACAGUGUCCAGUCUGCUGGCUAUAUUCAUUUUUUUCAUUCACUGCCCCAACAUGCCGAUGGCAGGAGUCACCCAGAUGUACGAGGGAAGUGCUUUGCCUGGUGGCCACCUAAACCUGACAGCAGCCUGCAACGCCAAGUGUGGCUGCCUACAGGAGACCUACAGCCCUGUCUGCGGGAGUGAUGACAUUAUGUAUUACUCCCCCUGCCACGCUGGAUGCAGAAAAGUGUCCGAAAACCUCAGGAAUGGCAAGAAGGUCUAUUACGAGUGUAGCUGUAUUGAGAAAACCCUCCUGCCCGGCCAUGCAGAAGCAGGGAAAUGCACCUCUUCUUGUGCAAAAAGGCCCCUGCUCUUGUUCUUCAUGUUCGUGGUGAUCCUAUUCACCUUCCUGAGCAGCAUUCCUAUCCCCUGGCUGCCACUCUGCG